AAGAUACAAGAACAGUUCAAGAAAAAGCUCCCUUGGAAGAAAAUCAUGAAGAAGAAUCUUUAAAAUUCCAAUUUGAUUUGCUUUCUUCUGAACAUGAAUAUUUGAAAGGUCUACUAACUAAAUAUUCUUUCCUUUUAUCUCAGGAAUGUGAUACAAAUGAAAAACUUGAAGGGACAAUCUGUCAGCUUAGAGAUGAUAUUUCAUUUAUUCGUUCUGUAGUGAAUAAUUCAAUGGUGGAAUCAGAAUGA